GUUGUUUUACAUCAUGGUUCUGCUCACAGGAGGUCUCUCUAUGAACGAAGGAACCAAAUAUUCGUGCUCCAACUACACUCAAGUUCUAUCUUACGUUCCGUCUGUAGUCGAUGUGGAUGGUGCAAGAUGCUGGAUGGAAGUUGUCAAUGAGCAGUUUAAGACGGAGAACCUCAGCACUAUUGUUAAAUCUGUGGAGAUGCUAGAAAGGUUUCUUGAAAAUACAGCUUUGAAUAAGACGACUUCAAUCAUUGUUGAGAGGCUUGUGGCCCACAUAUUCAGGGCCGAGGGCAACUUUACUGGGCUUAAUAUAUCUGCCAGCCAAGAACGGGUAACAUCAGACAGUGACCAUGUGGCCAACACUACGGUCAAGGUCCACCUGCCCAAAGAGCUCUUGAAAACCAACGAGAACAAUACCAUUGUCUUCUGCAUGAUUACCUCACCAGAAAAAUAUGGGCAAUUGGGGAUUCUUGAUGGCCGAAUAGUAGGUCUGGCUGUAAGCAAGAAGAGAGUGUCAGGUCUGAGGGACAAGGUCAACUUCUCCGUGCCUCUACAGCGCCCCACAUUGGAAAGUCAGGCUGACAAACAACCAUCUUGUCAAUUCUUCAAUUUUUCAACCAAUAAGUUCUACCGGGAUGGCUGCACCACAGAGUGGAAGAGAGACGAGGGCCGUGUGGUGUGCUCAUGUGACCACCUCACAUACUUUGCUGUGCUGAUGGUGUCUCCCUCCAUCUCUGAAAGCGAUCAGAAGAUCCUAAGCUACAUCACUCUGAUUGGCUGCAGUCUGUCGCUGUUCUUCCUGGUGGUCACAAUCGUUCUGUACGCCACUCAAAGAGGUAAAGGCACAGACAUCUCCCUGAAGGUGCAUAUCAACCUGUCUGUGGCCCUGAUCCUCCUCAACCUGCACUUCCUGCCCAGCCAGCAGGUAGCAGCAUUAUCCUCCUCAGGGCCAUGUAUCUAUGUUGCUGUCCUUCUGCAUUACUCUCUACUGGCCACCUUCACAUGGACAGCAAUCGAAGGCUUCCACCUUUACCUGUUGCUGGUCCGUGUCUUCAACAUCUAUGUCAGGAGAUACCUGCUCAAACUGAGCCUGGUAGGAUGGGGAUUCCCUGCUGUCAUUGUCAUCGUGAUUGCGAUCAUUGACAAAGACACAUACAGCCGUGUGACUCUUCAUCCCUCUAAGACCAAUGGCACAGCUGUGGAGAUGUGUUACCUCUCUAAUGAUGUGAUGAAGCUGGUGACCACGGUGGGUCUGUUUGGCCUGGUGUUUGUGUUUAACCUCGGUAUGCUGGCUGUGACUAUGAGGCGCCUCAGGUCUCUGCGCACUGAGCAGACGUCAAGGGAGAAGGGUAGGGCCCGGAGGGACACCUGCACUGUGCUGGGCAUCACCUGUCUGCUGGGCAUCACCUGGGGCAUCAUCUUCUUCUCCUUCGGCCAGCUUACCACGCCUGGCCUCUACCUUUUCUGUGUCCUCAACUCUCUACAAGGUUUUUUCAUCUUCCUCUGGUUUUGUGUGUUCAAAUGGAAGACUGAGGACAGCCAACCUGACAGUGACACUCACAUUACCAAUACCAGAUCUGCCUGAGGACAAAAGUCUGUUGUCAACCAAUCCAGCACUGUUGUUAUCAAUGUUCAUUUCAAACUUUAUUGAGAUUUUUUCUUUUGAGAAUACACCAGGUUCCUCUAAACUCUAGACCUUCGAAAAUGUCUACAAACCACCCACUUGUUUUUUACCAAUACAAUAGCAUGUCAUAUUGUUCUUUUUUCUUUUUGCAAUUGUUUAGUUAUGGAAUGAAGGAAGGUGUUUUCAGAACUCUUUUCAUAUAUGGUUUGUUCAAUUAUAAAUCAUGUGAGCCAACAGGAUCUGAUGUAAUGUGGUGAGAUCCUAUCCCUCACUAGUUGAUUAACCUGCAACAGAAGAUAAAUAAGUUGAACCUAA